AUGGAACUGAAUCUGUCAAAGAAUGUGAUUUCUUGUGGGGACCCAGGUGGGAUGAAUUUGGACAGAAUCGCAGAGGCAGUGAGAGCACCGCCGCCCCGCGACGUGGCCCCCGCGUUUCAUUUACAGAGAACUUCAAACAGCAGUCGAGAAACUUUAGAGAACUCAAGCAGCGAGUCGUCAGACACAGAGUUGGCAGAAAAGGAGAGGAGCGCUGAACACAGGAGCGACGAUGGGAACGCGGAUGACCCCAAGAAGAAGAAACAGCGGCGGCAGCGGACUCACUUCACUAGCCAGCAGCUGCAGGAGCUGGAAGCCACUUUCCAGAGGAACCGUUACCCGGACAUGAGCACCAGGGAGGAGAUCGCCGUGUGGACCAACCUGACCGAGGCCAGAGUCCGGGUUUGGUUUAAGAACCGCCGGGCCAAGUGGAGGAAGCGGGAGCGGAACCAGCAGAUGGACCUGUGCAAGAACAGCUACCUGCCGCAGUUCAGCGGCCUCAUGCAGCCCUACGACGACAUGUACCCGGCCUACACCUACAACAACUGGACCAACAAGGGCCUCACCCCGGCGCCGCUGUCCACCAAGAACUUCACCUUCUUCAACUCCAUGAGUCCGCUCACCUCACAGUCCAUGUUCUCGGCGCCCAACUCCAUCUCCUCCAUGACCAUGGCCUCCGGGAUGAGCCACUCCGCCGUGCCGGGCAUGCCCACCCCGGGGCUCAACAACAUCAGCAACCUGAACGGGAUCGGGACGUCUGGCAUCAACUCGGCCAUGUCGUCGUCCGCGUGUCCGUACGGGCCUCCCGGCUCUCCGUACAGCGUUUACCGGGACACUUGCAACUCGAGCCUGGCCACUCUGAGACUGAAAUCCAAGCAGCAUCCCACGUUCGGAUACAGCGGGCUGCAGAGCCCCGGGUCCAGCCUGAACGCCUGUCAGUACAACAGCUGACCGGCCAACAGCGCGCCAGAAAAUUUACAGAAAUAGAAAAUUAUAUAUGUGAUAAACGGACACGGUGUCAGAGCUUAUGGGCUACCUGCGGAUGGGAGAAAAAAAUAAAUAAAUCAAAGACAACUAAACUGGAUUAGUUGCAAUCAUUUUUCAACAAAAAAAAAAAAGAAAAAAAGAAAAAAAAAAAGAGAAAAAAAAUGGAUUAUGCGGGUUACAUGUGUUUACCAAUGAACUUGCACAGCAAUUUAAAUGUCUAGGUU